AUGGCUGAUUUACUUGACAAGAUUGGGAAGUCCCCUCCUUCUAGCGCCAAUUGUUCCGGUAAGAUUUGGGAACGGUUGGAGAUGUCUUGCUGGUCGAGUGUUGCUGUUAUCCUGAUGAUAUCCUGCGCAGAUAACAAAGAUGAACUAGCCUCGAGGACCGCUGAAAAGACGCUCAAAAGUGAUAAGCAGGAUGUGCUUAUGGUGCGUGGGGGCAAGUUCAAGAAAUCUGGAAAGAAGAGGAAUGCUAAGAAAGGUGGCAACAAGGCCAGCCCAACUAAGCAAACUGGCGCCAAAUCUGUAAAGAGGAAGGUCAGUCAACCCACUUCUGAAUCCGAAUGCUUCUACUGCAAGAAGAAGGGGCAUUGGAAGAGAGAUUGCUUGAAGCUAAAGGAAGAUCAGAAGAACGGAACAGUCGUUCCAUCUUCAGGGACUAAGAAUAAGUAGAAAGUUAAGCAAGGGUGAAGUCGACCUACGAGUGGGAAAUGGAGCACGGAUUGCUGCAUUAGCUGUAGGAACUUACUAUUUGUCGUUGCCCUCCGGGCUAGUUUUGGAACUGGAAGAAUGUUUCCAUGUUCCAAGUCUUACUAAAAACAUCAUUUCAGUUUCUUGCUUAGA